ACCUACAUUAAGAGAGAAAGCUCAGGUGUUGCGGAGUUGGAUCGGGACAUAACAUUAGGCGCUUCAUAACAAUAACAAUGUCAGCUUUAUUUUGUAGAACUACAGUACGAGCUUUCAUCAGAAGUACAGAUGUAGUUCCAGGCACGAGGAGACUGGCUGUACGCCCACUGUCCUCUGUAGGAGAACCACAACAGUCUACAGAGUCUGCCCCUCCCCCUCCAGAAGACACAUGGGAAGAUGUGCCUCAAGACUUCUACGAUAUCAUCGUGUCAGGAGGGGGGAUGGUGGGGGCUGCGAUGGCGUUAGCACUUGGCAGUGACCCAGUCCUGUUGGGCAGGAGGAUCCUGAUGCUGGAUGGAGGACCCAGGAGGGUGCUGACACAGGUGCCUGACAGGUUCAGCAGCAGGGUCUGCUCACUCACACCUGGAACUGUGCAGCUGCUGCAAGACAUUGGAGCAUGGGAUCACAUCAAAAAUAUGAGAGUGCGGCCAUAUAAACGGAUGCAGGUGUGGGAUGCAUGCUCCGAUGCCAUGAUCACCUUUGACAGAGAUGAGCUGAAUGAGGACAUUGCACACAUCGUGGAGAAUGAUGUCAUCCUGUCAGGCCUGAUGCAACAGCUGGAUGGCAUGCAGGGUCUCGUGGACGUCAUGUUUGACACAAAGGUCAAAGGUUACAAGCUACCAUCCAAGGUCGCUGAUGGUGAGGAUAGUCCGUGGGCCAGGGUGAUCCUGGAGGAUGGCAGGGUGCUCGAUACAAGGCUUCUGAUUGGAGCAGAUGGUCCUAAAUCCCUGCUAAGACAGACGGCCAACAUCCGACAGUUGUCAUGGAGCUACAGCCAGGCUGGGGUCGUGGCUACGCUCAAACUCUCAGAGCCAACAGUGAACAAUGUUGCCUGGCAGAGGUUUCUACCCACUGGUCCAAUUGCCAUGUUACCGUUAAGUGAGACCCACAGUAACCUGGUGUGGUCCACAACUUCUGAGGAUGCAGAGACACUUCUGCAGAUGCAACCAGAGGAGUUUGUAGAGGCAGUCAACAGUGCAUUUUGGCAGGACUAUAAAAGGGAGGCUGCUGUUGACUCUGCUGUACAGACCGUGCAGUCUAUCCUGUCCACAAUUUCCCCUGGAGGAACAUCAGCCAGACAGCUGCCUCCUAGUGUGUCUGAUGUGGAUGCAGACAGCAGGGCCAUGUUCCCUCUGGGGCUGGGCCAUGCCACACAGUAUGUCAAGCACAGGAUGGCCAUUAUUGGGGAUGCAGCACAUAGAGUGCACCCUAUGGCUGGCCAGGGUGUGAAUCUGGGGUUCGGUGAUGUCUCCUGUCUGAAGCAGGUGGUGUCGGAUGCAGAGGCUACGGGAGAGGAUAUAGGCAGCGUAGAUAGACUGUUGGAGUUCGAGACUAAGAGACAGCAGGCGGUUAUUCCCAUGAUGGCUGCCAUUGAAGGUCUGCACAGACUGUACUCCUCAGAUAACCCAGCCUUGGUGCUCCUCAGGAGUGUGGGGCUACAGUUCACCAAUGCCAUCAAACCACUCAAGAAUGAAAUAAUGGGGUUUGCCAGCAAGUAACCAUGAAGAGACUAUACUGUACAGCAGCUACUCUCAGCUUCUAAACCACAGUGUGGUCAUGAUGUGUGUGCUUCUGAGCUAGACAAGCUGGAGUGCCAAGGCCUAACUGCAGUUUCAUGAUGUGUAACCAGCUUUGGUUUGCUGCAUGUAAAGCUAUGCCAAAAAGUUGAUCAACAAAGAUUGAGGACACUGAAUACCAAGUGGAUACAACAUUUCAAGCUGGUUACUCAUCCCAUCUUAGAGCUGGAGCCAGUCUUGAAAUCAGUUACAGGCAUAGCUAUGAACUAUGUUUCUUUGUGUACAUCAUUUGAUAAUUCGAUUUGAAUUGUGAUAUUGAGAAAACAGGAACAACAAACUUUUCGUGACACAACAAAGGAUAUUAAUUUAUUUGAAUUUCCACUCAAACACACAAUACAAAGUUGGCUGUAUGUAUAUAUACGUGUAGAUCUCGUUUGCACAUAACUACUGGUACUGCAAUUUUUUUAAGUUUAUGAUAAGCUCCUUCUUCAUGACAAGUGCAUGGCCACUAAAUAACAAGGGCGACAUGUACUUAUCAAUGGUAGA